AGAUGGCGCCAUUUUCUACGUACGGAGGCCGUUGUUUGUGAAACUCCAAACUCGAGGGUAGUUGAACAUUCUGUAAAUAUUUUGUCCAAAAUAAAAUGACCGCGCCUUUAAGUAAAUUGGAAUACCUUAAGAAGUACAUGUCUUCUUCAAAAAAAGAAGAAAAUAAAGUGAAGAAAAAGAAAUUGAAGCCCUUAUUGAAAGCAAAAGGAGGCAUCAAAAUUGUUGAUGAAGAAAUUGAUUUGAAAAAGAUAGCUGCAGGAUAUGAGAAAGAUGAAGAUCAAUUAGACACACAAGAAGAUGCACCUUUGGUUGCCGGUGUUGUUGAUGACAGGUCAGUAGAGAUGAGAACGAAGCAAGAUUUUGUGGAAAAUUCAAAAUGGAAACGACUUGGAAUUGAUGAAAAUGAUGGAGAGAAACCAAUAUCCAAACUAAAUACAGGACAAGAUGUUGAUUCAAACCGUAGUUUUAAACCCAGAAAAGACUCUGUCGUCAUAAAAAGACCUGUUGUGGUGAAAAAAGAAAGGCAUGAUUCAGAUUCUGAUCCAAGCCCACCUAGAAGAAAGCGCCAUGAUUCAAAUUCCGAUACAAGCCCUCCAAGGCGAAGCAGAAAAAAUUCCACAGAGCGGAAACGGAAUAAUUCUGACUCGGACCAGAGCCCGCCAAGAAGGAGCAAAGCUUCUGAUUCUGACCAGAGUCCACCAAGAAAACACCUCAAUCCUGAUAACGAUCUCAGUCCACCUCGCCGGAAGGAAAAUAUCGAUUCCAGUCCCCAAAGACGCAUUAAACGUGAUCCGGAUGGAGACCUCAGCCCUGUGCGUCCUAAUUCAUCAGCACCCCGCGGUGGAGUUUCGGAGAAACUUACAAAAACCUUAGAUGGAAAGAUGGCUGGCCUUCAAACAGGUAGAGCAUUACGAGAAGAGACAGAAGAAUUGCGCAAAAGAGAAGAGGAAGCUUUCCGCAAAAUGGACAAAUCGCUCACUGGCCAGAACGCCACGACUGCCAUACGUGCUGCUAAGCUGCGUCAAAUCGAAGCAAAGCAACAGGUUGAUAAAGAAAAAGCCGAGAAGAUUGCUAAGCUUCAAGAAGCCUAUCAAAAAUGGAACAAGGGUCUUAAGCAGGGAGAGGCGCAGUCAACACAAGUGGCCGAAGCUAUGCAUGAAAUGUCCAAACCAUUGGCUCGCUUUGCUGGGGACGAAGAUUUGGAAAGGUUGCUACGCGAACAAGACCGUGAAGGCGAUCCCAUGGCUGCUUACAUGGCUAAGAAAAAGGUCAAGAGCAGUGGGGACGGCAAGGGGAAAGCCGCUAGACCUGUCUACAAAGGUCCCGCUGCUGCUCCCAAUCGCUUUGGUAUUUUGCCUGGUUACAGGUGGGAUGGGGUUGACCGGUCCACAGGCUACGAGAAGAUGUAUUUCGAAAAGCAAAACAGCGCUGUAGCCCUCCAGGAAGAGGCAUACAAAUGGAGCGUAUCCGACAUGUGAUUUCGAUGAUGCUUCAUCUGACUGAAUAAAGCAAAACUUUUUAUAUUUUUA